GCUCAUGCGAUAGACGAACAGGGUUGAACUUUUCUGGAAAUCGAACAAACCUGUCAACUUUUUGCCACCACUAGGCAUAUGCCAGGGCGGCCCAGAAAAAAUUUACAAAUCAACAAAAUGAGCGUUGAGGAUGCUAUACGGUCCAUGGAUAGCUUGAACCUAGAAACUGUGCUUAAGCAUGCAGCCAUUGCUUCGCUCACAUGCAAAGGACGGACAUUGGGCCCCGACCGGGAACCAUUUUGGGUGAAAGGGGAACAGAAAAGUCAGGACGAAGGCAUCGUAAAUGCCGAGGAGACUGUAGCAGAGGAAACGAUUGUUUCGCCCAGCAUCCGGGACAAGGAGCCGAGCUUGUCGUGCUUCCCAGAUGCAGAGGAAAUAAACGCUAGCAUAUUAAAGCGGGAAAUGGCGGAGCAGUGCAAGAGGAGCGUCCGUAAUCAACUUCAAGUAUUAAAGGAGCGGCAACAAAGCCAGCAGAUACAGCGGGAAGCCCGUCAGCGGGAAGAAGAGCAGAAGGCCGAGCGCCUGGCGCAAAAAGCUUUACGAGAGAAGAAUGAGAAUCUGAUCAAUCAGCAGGCGGAACAGAUGGCCCAGGAUCAGCUGGAGGCACAGCAGCGGCAACAGCUGGAGCUGCGCAAGAGAACUGACCAAAAGUUGCAUAAACUGGCUCUGGAGGGCUUGUCCCGAUGCCAAAGAAGAUUCGGCAACAAGUAUGAGGGAAUCAUAAAGCUGUUGCUGUCCUUGGACAAGGAGACGGUGCAGGUCUGUGCCGCCCAAAACCAGCAACUCAAGGAGCUGGGUGAAAAGUUUGAUCAACUGGUUUGCGCUGUGAAGAUGGGCAACUGCGAGCAAAGUCAGUAUUUAAGCUCAAUCAUUAAGGCUGAGCAUUAUUGCAAAAGCUUGGACGAAUUGGAGGCCGAUAUGAUCAAAGAACUGGCGAAAUUCUCCGAGCUCAUCCAGCAGCAGCUCAAAAGAGAAGCUGCACAGCGUCAGGAGGAAGAGAAACAGCGACAGUUGGAGGAAGAAAAGAGGCAGUUUGAAGAACAGACGCAGAGACAGAAGGAAAAGGAUGAGUCAGAAGCUCAACAAAAACAAUUGGCAGAAGAGGCUGCCAAAGCUGAAGCCGCCAAGGUAACACCACCCCCUGAGCCAGGUUCCGUUCAGGUUUCGCAGGCGGAAGGCAACAUGUCUAGGUCCUAUGUCCACCCAUCGCGCCUAACAUUCUACAAUGAAAUCAUUUCACUCUACCAAGCCAAAGUGGACGCAGUGAAGCCCUUGCAGUCCGAGGAGUCACUGAAGCAGUAUCGCUCAGGUUGUCAAAGAGCAAUCAACUUGCCGCUGAACGCCAUCACGGCGGUCAGUCCGCAGCAUCUAAGCAGCAAUUUCGAAAAGCUCUACAACUUCUUUGCCGGCCAGCCCGUGAGAGUAAUGAAUGAUGCCACCAUUACCAUUAAUGAUCAUCCGUUGGCUCGUGACUAUUGCAUGCUCUUGAUGGCCAAGAAGUUCGUUAGUCAAUCGGAGACGGCCAUCUCUGGCAAUCCCCAAGCCGCCUUUCCGUUUGCAUCGGUUAUUGUGACCUUCUGGAAGUUGCUGCCGGACUUUGGAAAAGUUUUCCUGGCAUAUCUCUACAAAGAGUCGCCCUAUCUGGUGCCCUACGUGAUACCGCAGCAACCGGGACAGACAGCAGAGCAAUAUUUAAAAUCUAUGGGCUAUCGGCUGUCGGAUAAAAACGAGCUGGAGAAGCCGGACAUGUUUCUCAAGCGACAAACUGGCAUCGCACGUCUCUUUGCUGCUGUGAUUAUUACGCCAGGUCGAAAAGCAGACGGGCCUGCCCACUGUUUCGGUUUGGAGGAGGGCUGGCGUUGGCUGGCCCAUGUGGUGCAUGUGAAACCGUUGCCAGACAUCAGCGCCACCCUGAUCAUGGAGAUACUGCAGACACUGGGCUUUGAGCUGUGGCGCACCUACGGCAAACAGUUCCUCAAGCUAUUGCUCUACAUUCACGUUUCCUAUAUGCCCCAGCUGGCCGUCUACGAUGAGGGUGGACCAAAGACGCGACUGGAAAUGCUUUUGGGGAAGUUCCUGCGCGAGCGCCAGAUUCCACAGGCGGUUGGUCUGUUGCCUCCUGGCUUUUGGUAGUUUAAACUGUAAUUUAAUAUAUUUUGUUAACGUACGAUUAGUAAAGUUAAAGGUGUUGUCUUUGUGGCAUUUGUAAUUUAA